UGUAAAAUUAGUGAUCCUCGAUUCCUCAUUAUAACGUCAUAUCAUUUGGCGGAAUUUUCUGACUGAAAUUUUGUUACAUUCCUUAAGAAACCAUGUCGUUUAUCAUUGUAAAUCACAUUUUUGUAUUUGAAUGCCUGAAAAUACAUUUACAUUUUAAGAAUCAUUGUAAAAAUAAAAGCAAUCCAUGGAAAUAUUGGGUUUUUUUUUCAUAAAGGCGAAUUCCAAGAGAUAUACAAGCCUAGACAGAAGAGGUCCAUCCAUAAAUCAUACGAAAUGGAAGACAACCACGUCAGACUGAAGAGAACCUUGAUCCACGCCCUCGGCAAUGCUGCCCAUCCGGAAUCUCUACCCUACCUAAAGUCUUACAUGAAUCAUGAUGAGGGGGCGCCGUCACUGAGACGAGCUGCGUCACAUGCUUUGAGGCAUUACAAGUGUAUACAGAGUGCAACUAGCCUUUUGAAAGCGUCCGUAUUUGAUGAAGAAGACAUUGUUCGACACACCGCUUUUGAAGUAUUUUCAAACCAUCCACAUCGUAACAACUUGACAAAAGAACAGGAAGAAAUGAUAUUAGAAAAGAAGUAUACAUAUCCGAUUGUUUCUCAAAUAAGACGACGUUCGGUGGACAAUCUUUUAAAGAACAAUGACUUUGAUGUGAAACUAUCUCCAUAUAACUGGCAAAAAUAUCAAGGAUCUUCUCAUGCAGGAUCAAUAUCUGGAUUUGAUGCAGAUCGCAGCGCACAUUUCCACACGACGCAGGUGGACAGUGUUUUGACUUUCAAAGCAGACCAAAACUCCCAUUCCAAUGGAAAUGCAGGCUUUGCUAAUAAGCGCUUCCAGAGUCACGGAUCGAAAAUUUGCCAAAAGACUGCAGUGCAUUACAAUUUGAAUCUUCUGGGUGAUUAUGGUUAUACGAGUGCACAAGACGUGCUCACCGAUUAUGAUAAAUCGCAAAAAGAAAUCGUCCAACCAGUGAAAGACGCUGUCAACGACCUUCAUGACCUAGUAUUCGGUUCUUCUGCAGAAAACAAACUUGAAAACUUGAUAAAUGAAAUAUCAAAUGCGAUUAAAAAUUGUCAUGAAUCGCUUCAGAGUAAUAGCAAAAUGAUGUCGGAAAGUCUUAGGAAAAUUAUCAAAUACGAAGCCAAUACGGAGGUGCGGCCAUUGAUUGACACUCUUCUAGAAGCAAGAUCUCUAAUGAAAGAUGUCUCAGAAGAUAUGACAUUGUUUGAAAAAUAUACUGUCGUGCCAUUAAACAGUACACUUCCAGAAGCGUACGAUGGAUUGAAAAACAUGUUUGAAGGUCUUAAGAAAGCCUGGAAUUUCUAUGAUGAUCCUGUUGAAACUUUAAACAGUCUCGAUAUUGAAAUGAUUAGAUUGCGACAAAGUAUCGACAGCUUCACCAAAGUGAAAAACGCUUUGCAAAAUGUGAUGUACAAUACGAAAGGACAGUAUCCAUUUUGGACAAUGAAUGACAAGGAUGUAGAAGACUUCUUGACAACACUACAUAACAUGUGGACUGCAGUGCAAACAACAGGGAGUACAGCUGAGCGACGUAAAAAGCAAAUAUUCAAAGAAGUGACACAAAUAGCCAUACAAUUUGAACAACUGCUGAGAGAAUUCCAAUCAAAAGCCUCAACAUUGAAAUCCGCCUUCCAUCGUUUGUUUGAUUUUGUGACGGGAGCGAAACAAGGCUUUUCCAUCAUGACAAAAUCCAUGGAGGUUGCAAGAUUCAAAACUCAGACGAUAUUCGGAAUGAGAUUAGAUGGAAAGUUCCCAAGAAAAAGAGCAACAUGCAAACCCAAGUGUGGCUGUGGAGUGUUUGAUGCUGCAAGAGCAUCGGAUGGUAUAGAUUUGAUUUUGGAGUCUUCAGAUGAGGUUGUUUACCCCCUCAGCGGUUAUGCGAUCAGACUUGAUAAUUCAACUGUAUCCCUUAUUCCAGAGUCUACAAAUAUGAGAAUGUUCACUUUGGUAAUAAAAAACAUACAUUCCAUUAAAGAUACUUUGCGCGAAGAUUUUCCCACAAUUGUCCAGUCUGGAGAUUUCAUGGCAAAGGCAACAAAAGAUUCUAUUUGCAAUCAUAUGACUAUCAAAUUAGCCAUUCAACAACGAAAUAUGUACAACGAAGUAGAAUAUGUGUAUGUUGAUCCUAUUUCAUUUUUACAACAACCAUUUCCAUCUCCAGAAUGGAGACAACUUUGCAAUGACUAUUCGUAUGAACAGAAGGGUCACGUGGUCCAUGAAGGUGACUUCUCAAAUCAGCCCUCGAAAAAACAGUCGAACGUUCAUAGACAGGGAACUGCAAUAAAUAUCGACAACUUUGUCAAACACAAAUCAUGGGGAACCAUAAACCAUAUAUCUCUAUCUACGGAAAAUGAUACAACAGACACAGAACGCAUGCUACCUGGGUUGGAGGAAUAUAUGAGGAACCACAGCAGCCAUCAGUCAAACCUUCUCGAAGCUUUCAAAACUCACAUUGCGGGAUUUCUUAUUGAUGCGGCAAUAAACACUGCAAAUGACACGAUUAAUGACGAUACGAAGGGGUCAAUAGGUGACAAUUUGAACUUUGAACUUCUUCCGUCUUAUCAGCGCCUGCGUUUGAUGAAGUCUUUUCUACAGGAUUUAUCAAAAAGGUGUCCUGGUUUGGUCAAUGUGUUACCCGAAGACCAUGAAAGUGUGUGUAAAGCACACUUUGACUGUAUGGGAUUCACUUGUCACAUGCCUGUUCGUGAUGAAUUAAAGAAAUACUGGAUUACAGUAGGAAGUCGUUAUAGUGAGGAAACGGGGUCGUUCACUUUAUACAUUAACAAGAAUUCUGUCUUAAGUGAAAUAUCAGGCCAACAUCAAGUAGAAGUGGAUUUAGAGGAUGAUAAAAUCCUGAUACUUGACAUUGAUGUACAUGCAGCAUAUGGACCACAAAAGAUGUUUAUGACUGGUCUGGUUUGCUCCGCGGCUACGUUUGAAUGUUUUGAGAAAAUUCACAUCAUUAAUGGAUUUCACCCUGGAUUAAGGAAACGGCGUCAACUUCAUGAUCAACCAUGUGAUAAUUCACAGGCUGUAAAGUUUGGUAAACUUCUGCAUGACCUGUUUGGACCCGUGUUCGACCAAAAUUCUGACAGAAGUAUUAUAGACAAAGUUGAAGAUAUAUUUUCAAAUCCAACUGAUUUGUUAACAACAAUCCUAGAUCAUCUCUUCAAAGGUAAGCCGAGUGACACUCUUCUCGGAAAAGACUUUUACAAGAAAUUUUGGGGUGAAAUUUCCAAAGAUAAAAAUAUUACAGAUGCCAUAUUCAAUAACCCUGCAAUCAACAACGCACUGACCAACGUAUUAAUCAACACAGUGUUUCCAACAGGGCAACAAAGUAACGCAAAUGAUGCACUGGGUAAAGCAAUAAAAGGCCUUCUUUCCGACAUGACAGUUGUCAACAGAUUGAUUUAUCAUUUCCUAAACAUUAUUGUUCCUGAAGAUGGCAUUUGCCUUCAAUCCAGUGGAAUGUAUGACGUCCUCAGCGCAUUUUUCCCCAAACAACGCAAUGUUCUGGAAAUAGUACAAGAUUUACUUAUUGGAUAUCCUAUCUACCGUGCUUCAUUUUCAAUAACCAAAAAGAAUAACGACAUUUGCGCCGACGGGAAUUUCAAUAUUGCUCUGGAUGUCCACAUAUAUAGAAUCACGUUCUUUUACCUAGUUGGUCCAUUGCCAUUUUCAACGAGGUUUGGGGUGGACCUCAGUGUGGAAGCAUCUGGAAAUUUAGAAGCUUGUUUUCUGAGAGCGUCUGCACAUAUUGAAGGACGUUUAAAAGCCCGCUUGAUAUCCUACGGAGAGACGGGACUUGACAUUUUGAUUGCCUUUGGAGGGAUCCGUUUGGAGGGAGAUAUUUUGAAUUUAGGUGUAUAUGGCCAUGGAGAUAUGACCUGGAGCAAGUUGCCAGUACAACUUGAGUAA